AGUUGAAUGUGAUGUUACAAUAUGGAUGACCUUAUUCUAAAAGGUAACAAAAGUAAAUCCAAGCGCAGACCAAUUAAUGACGACACUCGUAGUGAAUGUGGAGUUGUAGACGAAGACUCAACGCCCUCCAAGAAACAAAAUGGCUCGGCGGUGCGCACGAACAGUCUGGGCUCGGGCGCACGGACGCCACCAGCGGAGCGAACAAAGUCCAAAUUUUCUGCCUUCGGCAGACUUUUCAAACCCUGGAAGUGGAAGCGGAAAAAGAAGUCCGAAAAAUUUGAAGCAGCUUCUAGAAGUGAGUAGCAAUUCUAUUCAAUAAAUUAAGAAAUAUGCCGAUGUUUUUUCAUAAACAUUAAAUAGAUAUAAAAUAAAAUUCACGUCGGUCUUCCUUCAUUAAAACAAUGUUUAUUAUAUUUCUAAAAGAAAACUACAGUACUGUUACAAAUUGUUUAAAAGUAUCGUUUUAUUACUACAAUAAGUAUUUAAGUUUUUAUAUGGUGUCUAAUUAAACUUAUUAAGUAAUCGUAGAGGUAAGUGAAUGUAUUUCUAGCAUUUUUGUGAACAUAAAAAAAGUGAAAUUUGGUUUGAUCGUUUUUUCUUGAAGGCUUAUUUUUUGCUUUUGUUCCGUAAUUAAUGCUGAAAGGCAUUACAAAUUUAGGUAGUUGUUUCCACGAAACAUUACAAUAUUUCUAAAAUGUAUGCUUUUAUAUACGCGGUAGAGCCAUGCUGCAGUUAUAGUUGUAAGCACGAAUGCGUCGGACCGACCAGCGAAGGAUCACGCUCUCACAGAAUACUAGCGUAAAAUAGCAGCUUAUUGCUGCUGUGUUUCGUAUGAUAAGCAUAGAAAACCAGAGACUUUCGAGAUCAGGACACGAGGAAUUCCAUCUAAGUCAAUCAGUUGGGCUAUGUCGGUUUCUCUGAUUCUAUUGAGGAUAUCCUCAUUUCUUAGUUUAUCACGCAUAAAAACUCCGAGCGUAGCCAUCUCCAUAGCUCGCUGAGCGACCUUGAGCUUCGUCAUACGGCUAGUAAUGAAGGAUCCCAUCAGAGAUCCAUAAGCCAUCACUGGCAACACACACUGGUUAUACAAUUUCGUUUUCAAGUUUUGACCUGACGAGAAAAUGUGUCGUUAUGUCCCCCGAACGAAACCCAGCCGAGUAAAAUCCGUCGAUUUUCGAAGAUCGUUGUUGGACUUACCUAGUCGGACUAUUUGUCCUCGUUAACAAAUUCGAGCUUAGUGGUCCUAACAACUACCGGCAUAGGUGUGAUAUGGACGUUACACAUAAUCUAUGUUUUGUCCAUGUUCAUCUUAAGACCUAUCCGUUGGGAGACACUAUUGAGGUCAUUGAACAUAGUGUUUAGGUCCUCCAGCGAUUCUGCCAUAAGGAAUAUAUCGUCGGCAAAUCGAAGGUGAGUGAUGCUCGCCAUUGAUGUUAAUACCGCAUCCUUUCCAGUUCAGUAGCUUCAAACGUCUUUCAAUGCAGUGGUGAAGAGUUUCGGGGAUAUAACGUCAUCCUUUCUUACACCUCUCUUCAGUUGGAUAGGUUUCGUACUCUGAUUCUGUACUCGGAUAGCCAUCGUAGCCCUACUGUACAAACACUUCAGCACUCCGAUAUACCUACCGACAGUCAACUUGGCACCGCAUGUUCUAAUGAAGACCUGUCCGUGGGGAGACACUAUUGAGAUCAUUGAGCAUUCCAACGAUUCUGCCAUAAAAACUAUAUCGUUGGCAAAUCAAAGGUGAGUGAUGUACUCCAUUGAUGUCAUAACCAGUUGCAACAGCAGGUUUGUAGUAGUAUGCAAAACCAAUUGUUUAGACCAUCGGUCAGCAACAGGCGGACCGCGGUCCGUUUGCGGACCGCGAAUGGUCGAACCUCGAACCGCCAAAUAUUGUAAUGUAUUGCAUACCAAGUAUAAAUUAAUACGUAGAUAAGGUAUACUUUACCUUUAUUAAUUAAAAUCAUAUUUUUAAGCCACAUAGAAUUUAACUUAGUACCUGGUUAACCUGUUUUGUAACCUGUAACCUACAACUGAUAUGGUUUGAUUAGUUUCCUAUCUAGCGAUUUGUGCGAAUUAGUUGUAACUGAUGUGAUUUAAAUAUUUUUAAAUCUUUGUUACACACACAAAACAUCCAUACAUUGAAUUACGUACCAUUUUUACGGAAAUAUGUGCGAGAGCGUUUCACAGCGUCCCGCGUGCUUACCUUACUGCGGCGCGCUUGCGUUGCGACUGUUUUGUUUUGUUGAAACAAGCGCCAGCGAGUAUCAAAAUCGGGGGCCCGGGCGUGUGGGCGGGGGAAAGCAGAUUGCUAGUCGCCAGUCGUUCAGUCGCAGCGCAAACCGCGGAGCAACGGUUUAUUUGUUUUGUGAUUUGUUGCGUUUUUGUAACAUUUUCGUACCUACGCUAAUAUGGAUCCUAAAAAGCGUAAAGUGGACAGUGAAAAUAGGAGGUUUCUGGCAGAAUGGACUGAACAAUAUUGUUUUACGCUGCCUGAUAGGCCUCAAGCGGUUCCAGUGUGCCUUAUAUGUAAUAAAACUGUCGCUAUUGUUAAAAUUGGUAAUUUGAAGCGACACUACGAAACAACUCAUCAGCAUUUUCACAACUUUCCUCUUGGCAGUGAGGCUCGUAAAGAAAAACUUCAGGCAUAUCUCAGUUCUUACAAAAAAAGCACGAAAUUACUAGUUCGUUGCAUGAGUGAGCAAGAAAAAUCUACAGAAGCAGCGUUAUGUGUAUACUGGACACUUAAUAAACACCAGAAACCAUUUUCAGAUUCUGAGAUAGUAAAGGAAUGUAUGUUAGAAGUAGUCAAGGCACAUUUUGAAGAAAAAAAAGAUGUCGCUGUAAUUCAAAGUAUUCCAUUAUCAGCGAGAAGUAAUACACGAAGAACGGAAAUUUUAGCUGCUGAUAUUAAAAACACUCUUUUUGAACUUCUGCAAAAGGCACCUUGCUACGUCAUAGCACUUAAUGAAUCAUGUGACAUUGUUGAUGAUGAACAAAUGUCUAUUUUCGUAAGUCUAAUGUCGAUUUUUAGGGAAGAGUUGCUAGCAGUAUUGCCGUUGAAAGGUAACACUCGAGGAAAAGAGUUAUUCAAGGUCAUUGAUGAAUUGAUUACUAAAUCUAACAUUAGUUAUGAUAAAAUGGUGUCGCUUUCAACUGACGGGGCCCCAGCAAUGAUUGGCAAAGAAAAAGGUUUAGUAAAGAGAAUCAGGGAUAAAAACUUAGGUCUAAUAUCGUAUCAGUGUAUAAUUCACCAGGCAGUCCUUUGUGGAAAACUUAGUCCUACACUGAAAGAAGUGAUGGACAGCUUGGUCAAGUUGAUUAAUUUUAUGAGAUCUCAUUCUGCUCUUCAGCACCGUUAUUUCUAGGAGUUUCUUUCUGAAUGUGAUUCAGCGUAUUCUGAUUUACUGCAACACAACAACGUUCGUUGGCUAAGUAAAGGUCAAGUUAUUGAACGUUUCUGGCUAAUAAAAGAACAUGUAACCUCCUUCUUGCAAAACUUAGAUACUCAGGGAGCCAGAAAGCACUUUGAGUUCAUAAAAAGCAAGCGCAAUAUGCUGAUUGUGGCUUUUCUAAAAGAUAUUUUGAAAUAUUUAAAUGCGCUCAACACAGAGUUACAAGGAAAUGGAAAAAGUAAUAUGUGAUCUGAUACAAAGCGUGUCUGCUUUUCGUCGCAAGCUGGAUAUCUAUGAAAAAGAUAUUGCAAGACAAGAAUUUAUUCAUUUUCCGACAAUUCUUGAAUAUAAAAAGGAGAACUCUGUAGAAGACAUUGCAAUGUUUGUAAAAUUUCUGGCCGAUCUUAAGAACGAAUUUGCUACAAGAUUCCAAGACUUUGCAGAGGUGAGCAAGCUAUCUCCGUUUCUUAAAUCGCAAUUUGAAGUUGAUGUAGCAGCAGAAUGGACAGAUGUGGCUGCCAAGUUGUUUAAUCUGUCAAAACCAUCACUUCAAAUGGAGAUAAUUGAUUUGCAAGAAGAUUUGUCUUUGCAAAUGUACAAAACGGUAUCCACUGAAGAAUUUUGGACCAACCAUGUCCCAGAAAAAUAUGAAAAUUGCAAGAAACUAGCUAUAAAUUUAGCCACUAUGUUUGGCUCGACAUACGUAUGUGAAACAUCUUUCUCAAAGAUGCAUUUAUUGAAAAACAAAUAUCGUUCGAGAUUAACGGACGCCCAUCUAGAAGACACACUUCGAAUUUGCUGUUCCUCUCGAGAACCAAACUAUAAAAAACUGGCUCAAGACCUGUGUUGUUUCUCACAUUAAUUUUACGUCUUGUGUUUUAUAAUUCAGAAUUUGAUUUGACACUAAAAUAAUACAUAGUAAUUAAUUAUUAUCAGUUGUUUUUUUCUGGACCUUGUUAAAAUUUUCCCACAGUAUCCGGACCUCACCUAAAACUACAUGCCGACCCUUGGUUUAGACCGAUGUUUUUUUAACUUUAUUACAAGCAAAAAAACAUAAACGACACAUAUUUAUAGGAAUAAUAUCUCCUGAUAAACUACCUACUUCAGGAAUCUGAGGAAUUUCAGGGAUUCCUUCUUGCUUCUCUACCAAAGUAAAAAAACAUUAAAAUAUUUGAUAUAACCGUUAUCAAGGAUAGAUGUUCUUUUGUUAUGAGUAAAAUAAAAAUCAGAUAGGGGUCCUUUCUCCAAACAAAAAUAGAAAAAUAGACUGGAUUAGAGCGAGCGCUAUAGUACGCGCUUAUGGACGUCACUGAGGUUUGUUGUCUGCCUGGGUGAUAGGACCUCAAUAAUAUUAUCAACAACAUGUAUAAAUUGCAGCUUUAUUGAAAUAACGUAACUUAUAAACAAAAAAUUGCACUUGUCAACUUGUCAUGUUAUUUUUCGGUAACUUUUAUUGAAUAUUUCAAGAUAUCAAAGUGGCAGACUUAUUACUUUCAUGUUUUUUUCGGUCAGUUUUUACACCUUUCACACCUGAGCGUCUCCAUAUCAACCGCCGGUCAAUCUAAAGAGUCCCCAUUUCAUGUACCGCAAGUAUAGGGGAUUAACUAAUACUGUAAGUCUACCUCUCACUGGUUCUUAGACCAAAAUAGGAAGCCUUAUAUUAAUUAUCACUUUAAAUUGUCUAUCACUGAGAACGAAGAAUUACCGAAUUAGAGCUAGACCUUAUAAAAUUAAAACGUGAUAUAAUAGGUUUAAGUGAAGUAAGAAGGUUAUGAAUGCGUUGAAUAUGAAAAUGAUAAGCUUCUAUUUUAAAAAGGUGAAGAAAGGAAGCUAUAGCGUAGACUUCAUAGUUAAUUAAUAGAUAGAUGAAUAUGGGCAUACAAGAGAGAAUAGCUGUCCUUAACAAGCAUCUGCCAGGUUACAAAAAAUAAUUGUUAAUUAAUGAAAUAUAUGUACCUAAUGAACCAUAGGAAAAUGGGUCAAAUAUCUUUUCAUUAGUUGGUCAUAGAAAUACUCGCACAAAUGUUAUGGUUAUGGGAUAUUUUAAUAAAAGAAUGGGCUCUCGGCAACCUUAGUUUCGG